UUUCCUUUUUUUUUUCUGCCUAAUAUGCAGGAGUGCUGCCCAAGGGAAAGGACAGCCAAGAAUAUCUGAAAAUGGACUGUAGAAGAAUGUAACCAUGUAUUUUUCUUUUUCAUUGCAGUACUCUGUUUCUAAUUAUCAGCCAGCUGCUGAAGUGACUUCAUUCAAUAACUAUUUUGAUUUGAUCCUGUCGUCCACUCUAGUUGCAGACUGUGAGUUCUCAAACGCCGAUCAUCUAUGUAAUUCAAAAGCAAUAUCAAAUAUUAGCCAGGUCCAUUUUUUUUCCCCAGAAAGAGUACAUUUACAGAAAGAAUUUAAGAAUUUGGUUUCACUUUUUCCAAGGGGAACUUUGUUUGCAGUAAAAGACAAAAGAUUGUUAUAUGGUGCAACCUUUCUUCAUAACCAUGUUUGCUUACUUUUUAUUCAGCAUAUCAGUGCUGAUUAUUGUUAAAAGCAAACGCUUUGUCUUUCAGAUACACAAGAAACCUUGUGGACAGUGGAAAUGGAAAGUUCAACUUGAUGAUCUUGUGCUGGGGUGAAGGGCAUGGCAGCAGUAUCCAUGAUCACACUGAUUCACACUGCUUUAUGAAGAUACUCCAAGGAAAUCUAAAGGAAACCUUGUUUGAAUGGCCUGAGAAAAAAGGAAAUGGUGAAAUGGUUAAGAAAUCAGAACGAGUUCUGAGAGAAAAUCAAUGUGCCUAUAUUAACGACUCCAUUGGCUUGCACCGUGUGGAGAACAUAAGCCACACAGAGUCUGCUGUUAGCUUGCAUUUGUACAGCCCACCCUUUGACAGCUGUAACACCUUUGAUCAAAGGACUGGACACAAGCACAAAGUCAAAAUGACCUUCUAUAGCAAGUUUGGUGAAAGGACUCUAUGUGCAACAGCAGUGCCACAGGAGAACAACUGAGAAGCACCAGCAUGUGCUUAGCUUAAGACCUACUGAAUGUUUAACCAGGGACAGAAGACUUAUAUGGCUAAGACUGAUGGCCAGCUAUAUUUCUAUAAGUUGUUCAUAGAACUACAGUAGGGCAGCUUCCAGGCAACCUGUAGUUACCUUGAAUGAAUGCUGAUUAUGGGACACUACGCUAACUAGUGUCAUAAACUACUUCAGAGGUUAGAUGCCUUUUCUUAAGCUACUGGCAAGUCAGAAUUAAGUAACUUGUUUUCUGAUUCUAGCCUCCUUUUAAUUUCACUUUUGAUAUCAUACUGAGAAUAUCAAAUAUUGGGGAUUUAAGCAUUAUCUGACACUACUUAAUAGGCCUAUGUGUAUGUAUGCUCUCAAUGUAAUUAAUAAUAUAAACUUUUAAGCUUCUAGUCACUUGUACCUUGGGUAGUAUAAUGGAUACUACUAACAGCAGCUCUUUUUUAUUUUUUUUAUUAAGUCUUCUUGGUUUUAAUGCCAUAGGCCA